AUGGAUGCCCCUCUCGAGGACUCUGAAUUGCUGUCCGAGAGCCCUCAGGAGGUUGUUGCCCCACGAGCACGCGGCAAAUACAUUUGGCCACUCUUUGCUUUGUUGGUUGUGGCAGCGCUGGCUCUUGUCCUUCCCCUGCCGCGGCCUGUCUCCUGGGGCUCGUUGGAGCUCACAGGAUUGAGCACGACGAAGGACAACGUGUGCGGCACGAUGACCUGCAUGGCGGACGACCUUUGCUGCGGGCACAAGGUAUGCUGCACAGCUGAUUCAAAGUGCUGCGGCGGUGUGUGCUUGUCUGCUGGCUCCACCUGCUGCCGAGACAAUGAGCAUGCACCCUUGAUGUGCACACCAGACACCUUCUGCUGCGGAAAGGAUUCGAGCACUGCCCUUUGUUGCACCACCGGCUGCUCCAAAAGCCUCUUUGGGACCUCCAUGUGCAAAGACCCCAAGUGA